GCAUCUAAUUCUUUUUACAUAACUUAGAUACAACAAACUACAGGGACGAUAAGAUCGUUCAGACAAUUAUCGCUCAGCUCGGAGCAUUUGUCUGACCGCGUGUUCUCCGAACAUCUCCGCCAGUGUAGCGUAUGAUAAUACAAGUGUUACAAUCAAACAAUGGUCGAAGUUUGAAAAAAUUUAUUCUUACUGUCAUCCGGCACAUCGAUGAAUCUGCAUUUUCUCAAAUGAAAAUUGCAACUGGUUUAUCAGCGUAAAUGCAAUACGAGUAUUAUAAUGCAGUAUCAUCAGUUCUACGCGAGUAGUGAAAACUUUUAUGAUAAUUGUCAUUAUUAUGAUUUUUUUGUAACACACGCAUUUACAAGAGGCGUACGUUGUUCGAUUGUAUGAAUAAACAAAGAGCAGAGUUUCUUCGAAAUCAGCUGAGAAAAUCAAUGAGUUUAUCGGGGUUUUCUUAUGUCCACAUAUUCUUUUACGGAUCACGAUUAUAAAUAUACAUGUUCUACCGUAAACCUUUCCGCUAGUCGUGCGAAUGUUAUAAAAUUUGGUAUCAUCCGCGUGAGAUGGUUCUAACACAGUGAACUACAACUGCGUUCGCCGCGCUACAAAAUUACAUGUAAAAUAAUUUGCUGCACGAAGAAAUUGAAAAUUUUUUUUUCAAACAACGGAAAGUAGUCGAUACUCAUACGAUAACCCAUCGCUGCAAAUGCAUAUUCGGUAUUGAAAAACUGCAGAUCUCAGUGUUAUAAAUAAUAUUUCACUAAAUGGCAACUGUCCCGCUCAAAGCAGACAUCCUUGAGGAAGGUGUGAGACCGAGAGACUGGGAUCCAAGGCGCGGUGCUGCGAAGGGACCGCUGAAAUUGUUGCGCCUCUGUGUUUUGGGGACAUUUUUACCAGCUCUUUUGGUCACCGGUCCGAUGUAUCUGCGAUAUCGCGUCUAUUCCGACCAGCUUUAUCCACUCGCAGCAUCCGAUCAGCGGCUGAUAGAUGGAAAAGUGUCGACUACUUGGUGCCAGAGCCAACUCGUCAAGGUUAAUGGCACCUUCAAUGCCUACCUGCUGAACCAGCAGCCAGAAAUCAAAGUCGAAACAGUUCCAGUUUCAAUGAUUCGACACCUGGUCCUUGAAGAUGACAUGAAAGAGUACUGGGGAUUCUAUCUCCUCAAGGGUAGCAGCGUGACCGUAUCCACUUGCGUUAGGUGGCCAGGUGCGUCCCUGACCAUAAUUCGUGGCCACAAACACCUCCACGAAUGUGCUUUUAUCGGCGAUGACAGCAGCGAGGAGUUGGAAGAACUCGUUGAAAUCGCCGAGGAACAGGGACUGGUGAACAUGACGUACGCGUCCGGCGACGCACCUAGCAACGAGCCUGGUAAGAUGAAGAGAGUGCGGUUGGGCGUUCGUUUCCACGACGAAGGUAGUAGCCCUGAUGUGAACCACACAUUUCCAGGUGGAGUUGCGCAUCAAUUGACGAGUCACGAGCUGGACGCGAAGACCAUGCGCAACAUCCUCACUCAACUCUUCGUCAAGACUUUGGAUACGAAGAAAAAACAGGAGUCCAAUCCCCACCAUCACUACGAGGGGACUUAUAGAGAAAGUUCGAACAUAGACAGACCUCCGACAGUCAUUCCCUCGGACGAUCUACUCGGGUUGAUGGUCAGCGAAGAGGAACCACCCCCGAAAAAACCCACGAAAAAAGUUACCCUCCAAACGGUUAAACCCGAAGUGAUAAAACGCAGGGAAUCCGGCGAGGAAAUUCCGACAUCCACGUCGGAGACGACGACUGAAAAAUUAACGUCCACGUCCACGGUCACGGCGUUAACGGACUCCGACGAAAUUUUCGAGGAGGUUCUAGGUAAGUUGCACAGUCUCGGAUCCCGGGGGAAAAACGUGCUCCAAAAAUUAAUGGACGAAAUCGAGGGCGAGGAGGAUGCGGAGAGUGUCGCUAUGAGAAGAAUAGUCGACGCUGCCAUAAAUGGCGACGGAAAACCUAUGAGCGACGAAGAACGGGCGAGGAGGAAGAGGGAGAUCAUUUUAUCCUCUCCGUUGAACGCGGAAUUGAACGAAGACGAUUCGGAAGGAGAUGCGGCGAUCGAAGAGGGGAUGCAGCUCACUCCCGACGGCAUCGCGGAGGAUCGAGGCACGGUGAACGAAACUACCCUCAACGACAGAAGCAACAGCGAAUUUUGGAGCUCGUUCAGCAGCUCCGAGGAACGACUUCUGGAGUGCAACGGACUCAUCCUCAACCUCCCUCUCACUCCACAUCGUCAUUGUACCCCUAAAUACGAAAAUGAUCAUCUCGCAGCUUCUCUGGCGAACACCAUUACCUACAGAGUCCCCACGAACGGCUACUACUUCUUCGUGUUCAACUCCGAGAACGAAAUUCAGCCAAAUUAUGUUCGCAUACGUUUCGAUCUGUUGAAAACCGCGUACGAUACUUCAAAUCCUUCGGAGUCGUGCAAAAAUAGCACAGGGGAAUGUUCUCUGCCUUUGAGUUUUUUCAGCGAUCAAAGGGCGGUGCUGGAAUUACCUUUAACCGGUAACGACUCCCAGUGGAACGAGGAGUACGUCGUCGUAUCGACUUGCGAACCGAGAACGGCGCUUUAUGUCUUUUGCAUAAUUUCCGUACCGGUUUUCGUCCUGUUAUUUGCCUUCCAUUGAACGCUAUAGUCGAGUCUUGAUAUUUUCUAUAAUAGGCUCUUAUCGAGCGGUUCGUACUGCUUCGAGGUACGCGCUACGAAGUUUUGCUGUGGAUCUGAAGAUAAUUGUAUAGGCAAAGUCGGUAUAAACUAAUCGUAGUAUACCAAACAAUACGAAAGGAACGUGAAAACGAUUGAAAAACUGUUUUCUGUGUGUACAUAGAACGAUAUAGGAAUAGUUUCAUCGAUAUGACUGGAAAUGAAUUUUUGUAUACGGGGUGUAAUAAGCGAUGCGACAAAUUAGCAAUUCCAUUUCCUUUGAGAAAAUCGAAAAAACGUAAAAGCAGAUCGCUAGCUUCAGUCGACGAAUCUGCUGCAAAAUAGGUAUGAAAAUAUGAGGAUCAAACUCCCGCCUAACUAUAUAAAUAAUACGUUACUGUAAAAAGACAAAUGUGAUGCUAUUGUGAUAUUGACAUUGUUACUAAUUUAUUAAUAGAACUAUGAGGAUAAUCCCUUCGCAGGAUAACAACGAA